AUGGAAGCGGGCGGGAAAAUCCUUCCGAAUACCUUUCGUCUCAAUGAAGUCGAAGGACUGGACAAGGUUUCGGAGGUGCGCCUCUUCUACAAGGAUCUCGGCCCCCAGGUGGGGUGGAGUACUGUCUUCUACUUAGAGUACGCAGGUCCCCUAGUGAUCUACUCUGUGGUUUGGGCGAUGCGUCAGCCUGGAUGUUCUCUCAAUGUUCUCUCACCAAUGCGAACCGAUGGAGAACUGCGAUGUCUUGCAGGACUGUGCUACGUGGGUCAUUUUAUGAAGCGUCUGCUGGAGACGCGCUUCGUGCAUCGCUUUUCUCACGCUACUAUGCCUCUGGCUAGCCUCUUCCGUAACUGCCUAUAUUAUUGGCUCUUCGCGCUCUCAAUCGCAUACUUCACUACACAUCCUCUCUACACACCACCUUCCUUCGGCUGGCCUCAAGUGUACGCUGGUUUGGGUCUGUUCAUGCUCGGUGAAUUGGGUAACUUCUGUUGCCACAUUGCCCUUCGAAAUCUCCGACCGCCAGGGUCUACGUUGCGUCAGAUGCCGCAUCCCGUACCCAGCUCUCCGCUCACUUUUCUCUUCAAAUAUGUUGCUUGCCCCAAUUACACUUAUGAAACGCUAAGCUGGAUCGGCUUCACCGUGAUGACCCAAACCCUCCCAGCCACUGAGACAGGUUCAAUAGUUCGGCUACUCUUCUGCUAUGAGGCUGUCUCAGGCUUUUUGUUUUUCAAUGCCGCGAUUGAAGUGGUUAUUUUUCGCGUCCUUUCAGCUGCAGCGUUCACAGUGUUGGGGUUCUGGACGAUGGCGCAAUGGGCACGAAACAAACUGCGUGCGUAUCGUAGCGAAUUCGCCUCCUGUCCAAAGGGGUUGAAGGCUAUUGUGCCUCUUGUCCUCUAG